AUGGAAGUAUCGGGUCGUAAGGAAUGGGACGAUAAUCAUUCAACAUCUAACCAAGGGAGACAACGUACAGUUCUUUGCCAACCUUGUGAAUGUGACGGUGAUACAAUAGAAGCGGAGGCAUUCUGUGAAACUUGUAACGAGUUCCUCUGUUCUUCCUGUUUGAAGGCUCAUCGGAAAUUAGCUAUAAGUAAAAAUCACGUGAUCAAGUCAAAGAAUGAAAUGCCAAUAUCAAAGGAAAAGCAAAAAGAUCCAUGUACGGAGUUGUGUUCAGUCCAUUCUACCGAAAUAAUAAAUUUUUAUUGUGAAGACCAUAAUUAUGUAGGAUGCGGAGAUUGUAUUGUCCUUAGCCACAAAACGUGUUCUGUUAAACUCGUCAAUAAUGUCUCGGAUAACUAUGAUGCCUGUGAGGAAUUCCGGCAGACCAAGAAAAAGUUAGAAAGCCUUCAGCGUAGAAUUUCAUCUUACCAGGGUAUUAUUGUAGAUUCCAUUAAAGCUGCUGAUGAAAUGAGAGAAAAGAUUAUGAAAGAUAUUCAUAUUUUCCGACAAGAGAUUAACGAAUAUUUGGAUAAUACUGAGGCAGAUCUGCUGAAACGAAUAGAUCAGCUGACAUCGAAACAAGUGUCUCAGCUUAAACAUAUCCAAAAAGAAUUUGAGUCUAUGGCCACUGAAAUGAGAGAAUGCCAAGAAAAAAUAAAUAAAAAUACAAACAAGAUUAAUCAAUUGUUUGUAAUAGCAAAACUUACACAUGAAAAGAUUGAUGCCUGUCAGAUUUCAACAGAGGAGCUAGCGUCUAAAUGUGAGAUUGAAACAUUUGAUUUUGUGAAGUCUCAUUAUUUAGAAAAACUUGUAACAGACAAAUUACACAUUGGUGUUAUCAAUGCAGAUAAGCGAAAGUUAAGCACACUCAACAAAAUGAGUCUGAAAGACGUUCAAACGACGCUGUUAAAGACGUUAAAUGUCCUCAGUGCAGUACGCGACAGGACGCAAAGCUUAAUAUCGGGAAUGGCAAUAAUUUCAUGUGAUGAACUCUUGCUUGUGGAUUGUGCAAAUGAUUGUUUAAAACUUAUAACCUUAGAAAAAUUUAAGAUAGUUGUUACAUUAAAUACAAAUGGUAAACCAUGGGACAUCACUGCGAUAAUUUCAGGAUUAUUCGCAGUCACUGUAUUCACAACAGGUGAAAUACUAUUCAUAAAUACAUCAAAUGGUAUUUCUAAAAGUCACAGUAUUAAGGUUAGACAUGACUGUAGAGGAAUCGACUACCGUAACGGAGUUCUUGCAGUAUCGUUCGACAAACCAGCAUGCGUACAGCUACUUGACAUUAAAGGAAACAUUAUGAAAGAGUUUGAUAUCGCUAAACAGUGUUCAUUUCCUCAUUAUAUAGCGUUUUGUAACGACGACAACAAAAGCUUCAUUGUGUCCUGUUCCUGUAAUGAUGCUCUUUUUGAGUUUGGGCCAGAUGGGAAAUUAAAGGAUAAAAUAAAAAGCAAUGAUAUAAAGAGCCCAGAACAUUUUGUUGUUACACAUGAUCGAGCGAUUAUUGUAUGUUGUACAAGUAUCAGUGAAAGGCUUAUUAUGAUUACACCACAUACAAGAGAGGUGCUUCCCAUUACUGUGGAAGAUAUCAAAUGUCCAUUUUGCUUAGCGAUAUCUGAAGAUCAGACGAGGAUGUUUAUUUCUGACACGUCAGAUCGUUAUAUCAAAGUGUUUAGUAUCAAAUGA